UUGGCGAUUUUGUGAAAUUCUCUUUUAGCAGUGAUAUGUAAUAAACCUAUUUUGGGUGCCGACUUUUUGCAAAAAUGUCCGAUAGUGAUUUUUUGGAAAUUGACGGUAAAUACUUGGAGGGUGGUGGUCAGAUUCUACGUAAUGCCUUAAGUCUCAGCUGCAUUCUGCGCCGACCUGUUCGUAUUAUAAAUAUAAGAGCAAAUCGACCCAAUCCUGGUCUCUCCAAUCAACAUCUUUUUGGUCUAAAUUUACUGGCACAGAUAACAAAAGCCAAAGUCAGCGGCAACGAAUUGAAAUCAACAGAAGUGAAAUUUAGUCCGGGCAUCAUACAGGCCGGCAAAUAUUUUGUGGAUACCCGAACAGCUGCUAGUGUAACACUUGUAUUGCAGUGCGCUUUGCCCGUGUUGCUAUUUGGUGAUGGAGAUUCGGAGCUCGAACUUGUUGGAGGUACAAAUGUUGGUAUGGCUCCACAAGUUGAUUUUAUGACUGAAGUUUUAAGACCAAAUUUAGAAAAAUUUGGUGUAUCCUUCGAUUUUGAUCUUAUACAGCGUGGUUAUUAUCCCCGUGGCGGAGGACGUUGUAAAUUAUUUAUACCUCACAUUAGAAAUGUCCAGGCGGCUAGCAUUACGAAUUUCGGCGAUUUGCAAGAAGUAGUUGGCUGGUGCUUUGUUGCCGGUCGUUUACCCAAUCACUUGGCUGAUGAUAUGAAGAAUUCAGCUCAAAAGGAACUGCAAUCCGUAAAAUGUCAAAAGUGCCAUAUAGAAUCGUAUAAAGAAUCUAACGAAAUGGCAAGAGAUAACGGUUCCGGAUGUAUCCUAGCAGCAAUAACAUCUACAGAGUGCGUUUUAGGAACGGACAGUUUAGGUGGCAAGAAAGUCGAUGCCAAUGAAAUGGGUGCUACAGCUGCUCAGAAAUUGAAAAACCUAAUAACGAAUCGAGUUUGUGUAGAUGAGUAUGUACAGGAUCAGUUGAUUAUAUAUAUGGCUUUGGCUAAAGGAAAUUCCGUUAUAUUGACUGGACCACUUACGAAUCAUACAUUAACCGCUAUUUAUGUAGCUGAAAAAAUGACUAGUGCACGCUUUCAAACUGAGACUUUGAACAACAAUCAUGUUCGUAUAUCCUGUAGCGGCAUUGGUUAUCAAAGGGGCAAUUAAUAUAUAAGUAAACAAGUUUUAAAAAUAUUAAUUACACAUAUCUAAAAUAUCUAAUUUAUUUAUUAAUAAAUACAAAAUUUAUCUAUAA